AUGAGUAGAAGCAAUUUACAAAAGUUAUCAACAACUAAUUCCAAGGCUUUGCAUAAUUAAACCCAAGAAAUCAACUAGCUCCCAAAGCUUGAUAGCAGCUAUUCUAAUAUCCCACUCUCUCAUCAUGGCUCUAACUUGCCUAUGAAAAGGGAUGGUUCAAAUCAAUCUAGGAUGACAGCAGGUUCUGAUUAAAAUAAACUUGGGACAAAUAACUAAAACGGCAACAAUAAUAAUGGAAAUAAUAUGUAUCAGAAUUAAAAUAUGAUAAAAUAGGAAAAUAAAUACAUAGUAGACAACCUUGGCAUGCUCCAGAAGAGUUCACUCGAAUCUCAGAAUGAUUUCAGUGUGACCCACAAAUAGAGUAUAAGACCCCCUCAUUUCAACUAGUAAUCCUUUGAAAAGAUUAAGGACUUUUAACCCGAACACCGGGAAAUAUUUGACAAGCUAAUUUAAAAGCAGCUUGAUCUUGAAAAAAAUCUGAACAGUUUAAAGCAGGAAUAAAAUAUAUACUAACGUUAUAAACUAACUAUCUUAAAAGAGAACAUUGAGCUAGUUUAAAGAGCCAAGAUUAAAGAGGAUAAAAUUAGAGCUAAAGUUAUUAAUAGCAGAUCUUCUUCAAAAUAAGCUACUGCAAGAUAUGGAUAAAGUUUAAGUGGGAAUCGCUCUGCUGCGCUGAGUGACAGGAGUUUCACAAAUUAAUCGCCGAACUUAUAAAUGGCUUACAAACCCACUAGGGUUUUUGAGAGAGUAAUGAAGCAGUAUAAAUUAGAUGAGAAUCUAAUUAGCCUAAAUGAUCAUAGCAAUUUUCACAGUGAAUUUGUGGCAUAACCAGAAAGAAGCUUUAGUGUAAUGAAUGAUUCUAGUCAAAUUUAAAAGGGAAAGAUAAGUUUUAUUAAUAAUCCUAAGGUUAGUGGUGCAAGUACUUUUUAUUCUAGUAGAAAGCAAAAUCAGAUCAAUUUAAGCAAUCCUUAUAAUGAAUACUUAACCUAGGAUAACAGAACAAAACAUAACAGCAAUUUUUCAAACAGUAAGAGUCCAUUUAAUAGCAACUUUGAUAAAAAAUACACUUCUCAAACAACUAGGGGAACAGCAAACUAAAACUCUCAAGUAACUAUUACAAAGGAUGAGAGCAUUUUAUUUACCUCCUCUCCACCCAACUAAAUCUUCUUAAACUCUCAAACAUCUAAGCAUAGAAACUAAAAGAGCUUCAGACCGUCAACCAAUGAAAUCAGGGAAAGUUAAAGAGAUUCGUUCAGUAAAUCAUUUUAUAAUCUCGAGAAUAACUAUAAAAAGAAUCUUAGUAUGCUUAUAGAUUCUUAUAGAAAAUCAGUUAUAAAGAAUCAUACUCCUACAAAACAAACUUAGUAUAAUUUGAAGCCUAACAGAUAAAAUUUUGACCUUUAGUAAUCAGUUCUCAAAUCUAGCAAAGCUAACCAUUUCCUAACCAAUUUGCAGCAAAUGGAAAGAUCCAAAUAAUAGCAGUAGGAUUAGCCCUUGAUUUAAUUAUACCAGAAGAAGUCUUAAUCUUUUAUAGGUAGUAAAAUAAGGCCUGUAAGUAUUCCCAGAGGAGCAUAGUACUACUUAAAAGGUCUUAAGUUCAAUAUGAUAUGA